AACUUGGGGUUGUGUGUUAUUUUGGUUCGUUAGUGUUGGGAGAGUUGGAGGAAAAGUAUUUACGAAAGCGAAAAAGCUAAGUAUUUUCGUGGUUGUCAUUAGGAGGAGUGCAGCAAAAAAUCGCAAUUGCGAUUUAGAAAAGUGUUAUUUUCACCGAAUUAACACUGGUCAGCGAUUAUGUCAUUGCGAUAUUAAAAGAAUACGCGUUGGUGGCUGGCUGACGUUGCUGCACUGCUUUGCAGAGGCGGAAGUGCAGUGUGAAAGUGUAACCUCCGAGAAACCAGAAGGCGCCUAGGAGGUGUUCUCUUGUGCACUCUGCAAAGUGCGAUACGUUGGAUCUCAACACCCCGCCUGGGGCUCUUCCACCGCUGGAUAGUCUUCGCCAUCCGACAGUGAGUGUGUUUGUGUCUCUCUAUCUAAAAACAUAACACACAUUAAGUGGGAAGGAAACCGCAAAACAGCAACAGCGAAUACAAAACGCAGCAGAAAGUCGGGAAAAGUAGGACAAAAUCAUUUUCACUAGCAUAGUCGAUCUACACGUCACCGCCAGAAUAACAAACCCCGCUGGAAAAUGACGUCCGUCCAGCCGAAUCAGGAGGAUCUAGAGGCGCGAAUUGCCAGAAUUAAGAAACGCAAUGAGGAAAUCGAGAAGAAGCACCGCGAGGCGGAAGCCGACCGGCUGAUGGCAAUGAAGGAGAACGCUAUGGUGGAAAUCAAACCGCCGAAAGAUGACGACUGGCCGCGGGAGCACAAGUACGACAAAAUAGAUUUCACCUACGAUUUGGACGCAGAUGCGCUGGCAGAACUCGAAGAGAAAAAGAAAGAGAAGAAUGCGUUCAUUCAGAAGAUUGCGAAAGAUUAUAAAGUGUUUGCUGAAGGUGAAGGACCACCACCAGAUCCGGCUUACAGCUUCCUGGCAGAUGUAGAGCGCGAUGGCGAAAAGGCAGCUCCAGCGGGUCUUAACAACUGUAAUAAACCCAUUAAGAACAACUUUGAGCGUAAAAAUCCAAGCAAUAGAAGCGGUCGGUUGGGCAAUGGGAACUCCGUUGGCAUCAAUCGUGGACGAGGUGGCGGAGUAGGAGGAAAGUCAAACUACAACGGCAAUAUUCAGAGAUCGCUAUCGACAAACGAACAUGAUGGCCGAAGACCGGAACAUAAUCGCUAUGGCUCCAAAGCGGGCGGGCCCGGUGAAAGUAAAUGGCGACGUGACUGGGAACACGAGCGGACCAUGGACGAUUGCUGCAUCCACAAUCAAAGCAAUGGGCUCAAGGGUGAGCCAAAUUUAACCGUAUCGAUAACACAGGAUGGAGAAUUCAAAAGCGUCAAAGUCACAUCACCACCAAUUAUUGGCAGUGGUCGGGUUGGUCCACGCCAACCAGCGAAACCACAAUUCCAAUUUCAAACGGCCGGUAAUGGGUCAAUGGAUCAUCACGCUUACCAUCAGAAUCCCCAUGGACAUCCUCAGCACCUGGUUGGCAAACCACAUCACCGAAAUGGGAAUGAAAAUUUCAAUCGAAAUUCUUCUGGCCGAAAAUCUGACAAAGAAACAAAACGAGCUCCUAAACCUGGCGGACAACCGCCAGCAAACAACAAACAGACUAAUGGAGGAAGCAUCCAAGAUCGGUUGAACCGCAACCGGGUGGUGAAUAUUGAUAAAAAUGAUAAUACUGUGAAAAUCAGUACGAAUGGUGGAAGCGUUGCUGACAGUGGAUUACAUUUGGCGGCUAAAACGAACGCAACACUGAAAACCAUUUCGAAGAUAAUGGAGAAGAACGCUGAAAUCGAUGAGAAAUUGGCCCGUCAAAUGCACCAGGAAAACGAAAAGAUGGUCAGUCGCAUGAAGGAACUCAGAAUGCAAGAUGGAGCAUAAGAGAUGAAACCGAAUUUUUUAGUGGGGCGACAGCUGCUUGAGUUAAAAAACUAAUCCAGAAGUAGCGCACAUAUACAUAUUUAACAUUCAACAUUAUUAUGAAUGGAAGAUGCUGACGAUGAUGAAAUUCACCCACUGCUAAUCACUUGCAAGCGCUGCUAACAAUAUUACUAGGUAAUAUAGUUUUGGGUACGAGAGAUUGAAAGUGUAGUUGGUAGCUUUCUGAAACUAUUGUCCCUCGGAAUCUGAGCGAUCUUUAUGAUGGAAAGAGAGGAUUUCUACUACGCAACUAGCAUUAUAUCGAGGAUCUUAUACACUUUUAUCCCUACCAGGCGUGCUGGCCAACGCGGAAAGCCGUUUUAUUCGAUGGAUCCUGUCUUAUUUAUUUAUACGAUCAUUUUAACAAAAUCUCAUCGAACGAAGCUCUGCAUAUUUAAUUAUUCCACGUAAUUAUCAUGUAUGCAUGUUAUAUUUUUUAUUUUAAUUGUUACACAAUCGCGGAAGCAUUUAGCAACUUAUUUGUCUUGUUUUGAGGCAAGCUCGGAAUUGGUUUCUAACAUUUUCCAUUUCAUUUUAUCUUAUUUUUAUUGGCAUGACGACAUACACGCAUCCGUAAAUGUUGAAAUAUAUUUGAAGUAACAUUUGAUUAUAAACAA